AUGAGCCUCCUCGGCUACCUCGGGGCGGCGCUAACGUCGAUCCUGGUGUCGAUACCAACGCUGCACCUGCUGGCAUCCGUGACGCACGCGCCGGUGCUGUCCUUUGCAGCCCGCAGCAUCGCAUCCUUCAGCGCCCUCAUCUUUUGCGCCUGCUAUGGCGUCGCCGCUUCGAUUGUUCUCCGUCUGGUCGGCUAUGGCGGUUUGAGCCAGUGGACCACCGCCCGCGCCUUCAAAUGGACCAUGUGGACUCUUACUGGCGUCGAGUUCAAGGUCAACGACAAGUAUGGCGGCCUCAAGUCUGCAACAGUGNAACUCGACGUCCUGAUGCUCGGCUGCAUGUUCCCACCCUACUGCUCCGUCACGGCAAAGAGCAGUCUCAAAUGGAUGCCUUUCCUCGGCCAAUUCAUGGCUCUCUCCAAGACCGUCUUUAUAAACCGCACCUCGCGCUCCGCCGCCAUGGCCGCCUUCUCCCAAGCCGCAGAGACCAUGCACUCGGAGCAACAGUCCGUUUUCAUCUUCCCCGAGGGCACUCGCUCCUAUGCCAACACACCUACCCUUCUCCCAUUCAAGAAGGGCGCUUUCCACCUCGCCGUGCAAGCCCAGGUCCCCAUUGUCCCUGUGGUUGUCGCCAACUACAGCAACGUGCUGGACGUCAAGAAGAAGACUUUCAACUCUGGCAUUGUUCCUGUUUCCAUCUUGAAGCCUGUCGAGACCAAGGGCUUGACCAAGGAUGAUGUGGAUGCUUUGGUUGAAAGGGUGAACAAGGAUAUGGCUGAGGAGUUGGUCAGAAUCACCCAGGUCGCCGAGAAGAAGGGCGUUGCUGGUAGCGAUGCUUCUUCUCGUGCUGCAAAGAGCUCGGGUAUGGGCAUCAGCGGUUGA